GAUUUUAUUCCGUUCUUUUUUAUUUUAUUUUAUUUUGUUUUAACUAUGAACAUUAUAGCACAUUAAAAAUAAAAUUUAAAGAAAAUACCCCUUUCCGGCAGGGUUUUUGCCCGAAUCUAAAUGGGGAAAAGCUGCUAUUUAUCACACACAGAUGGAACUUAGCGGAUCGCUUUUUUCUUUUUCUCUUUCUUUUCUAUUUCCAUUGGCUGAUAAUUGCAAUGGAAGGUUGAAUGAAGGUUUCUCUGCAUAAAACUGUUUUCGUUCAAUUCUUCUUAUCUGCUGAGAAAAUCCUAUUUGUUAGAGAAUAAUUGUUGUCAGGCUAAACGAAAACGAACAUAUAUACCUAUGUACAAUCAUAUAUGGGCUGUAGAUUUAGGAAAUGGGAAAAUCCUUUGAAUCAAAAGUUCCCUACAUUUCGCAGCCAAUAUAUGAUCUUAAACAGAGUGGUGAUGUGAAAUUUGGACCGGGCACCAGAUCAGCAUUGUUAGGGUUGCUGGGUGGUGCUUUACCAAAACUCACUUCGGAGCAGCAUGAAUUAGUUAGUAAGGCGAAAAAAUAUGCUAUGGAACAAAGCAUAAAGAUGGUUCUAAUGAAACAAACACUCGCUCAUCAACAACAGCAAUUGGCUUCACAACGUACACAAGUACAAAGGCAACAGGCUUUGGCAUUAAUGUGCAGAGUUUAUGUAGGUAGCAUUUCAUUUGAAUUGAAAGAGGACACAAUUAGAGCAGAAUUUCUUCCAUUUGGACCAAUUAAAUCGAUUAAUAUGUCUUGGGAUCCCAUAACCCAAAAACAUAAAGGAUUUGCUUUUGUCGAAUUUGAGAUUCCUGAAGGCGCUCAAUUAGCAUUAGAACAAAUGAAUGGAGCGUUGAUGGGUGGCCGCAACAUUAAAGUCGGUCGUCCGUGUAAUAUGCCACAAGCGCAACAAGUCAUUGACGAGAUUCAGGAAGAAGCGAAAAGUUUCAAUAGUAUCUACGUGGCAUCUAUACAUCCGGAUCUAUCGGAGGAUGAUAUUAAAAGUGUUUUCGAAGCUUUUGGGCCAAUUUUAUAUUGUAAACUAGCACCCGGCACUUCUCCUCAUACUCACAAGGGUUACGGUUUCAUUGAGUACGUUAAUAAACAAGCUAUGGAUGAGGCUAUUGCAAGCAUGAAUCGUUUUGAUCUAGGCGGCCAAAAGUUAAGAGUUGGUCGCUCGAUAACUCCACCAAAUGCACUCGCUUCCCCAACUACAAAUUCAACAAUGCCAACUGCUGCAGCUGUGGCGGCUGCUACAGCUACUGCGAAAAUUCAAGCCUUAGACGCCGUGGCUAGUAGUGCAGUUUUAGGUUUAUCAGCGACAACUCCAACUUUAGGCAUAUUUCCACUGGCAACUACGAAGGUAGCGGCGUUGCCAUUAACGGCCGCUUCCACUGCUUUACAUCCGAACAUUACACUACCAGCAGCAGCUACGGCCGCGUUCAUUCAGGCUGGCAUGUUUCAGACCCCUAGCAUCGCGUCAAAUCUAUUGACCGCUUCAACACUUCAAACAGUUAGUACCACUUCAGCAUUAUCGGUCUCGAAAGCAAUACUUGGAACUGCUGUUAAUACCGCAGCAUCUAUUCCAUUACUUAGUAAAAUUAACACAGGCACUACGGACGUCUUAACCAAUGCUACAAUAACCGGACGACCAGCAACGAUGGCAGUACCCAACAAUAACAAUGUCGCAACUAAACCGUUAGUUGCAGCUACAGUAGCCGUAGCACAAGCCGAACAAAUCAAGAAAGCUCACGAAAAGCAACAAGAGGAAUUGCAAAAGAAAUUAUUAGAAGAAGGUGAAACGCAGACAUUACAGCAGCAAGAAAGCAUGUCAAUUAAAGGACAAAGCGCCAGGCAAUUCGUUAUGCAGCGUUUGAUGAGGCCACAGGAAUCGCACGUUAUAAUAUUGCGUAAUAUGGUUGGGCCCAAAGAUGUUGACGAAACGUUGCAAGAAGAGAUUCAAGAGGAGUGCACCAAAUUCGGGACUGUUAGCCGAGUAAUAAUAUUUAAUGAAAAGCAAACUGAAAACGAAGACGACGAUGAAGCGGAAAUCAUUGUCAAGAUCUUUGUAGAAUUUUCGUCAUCUUCCGAAGCUCUUCGCGGUAAAGAAGCGUUAAAUGGUCGAUUCUUUGGCGGGCGACGAGUCCAUGCUGAACUGUAUGACCAGUCACUGUUCGAUCACGGUGACUUAUCUGGUUAAAAGUAUAUGUAUAUGUAAUUUUCAAAUAUCGUGCAUAUAUAUGUAAAUCAUUUAAUAAUAUUCUUAAUUAUGAUUAUGAUUAAAUAAAGUAAGUGAUUUAAUAAAGUCAAGUAAAGUAAAAAAGUAGAUUAUUUACAGACUACUGUAGACACAGACUUAUUUCAUUUAUUGUACUUUAAAUUUUUUUCUUUUUUUUGAAUAUAAGUUAAGAUUUCAUUUUCGGCAAGCUCUAAUAUGUAACUUAUUUCGAACUGAAAGUUUUUUUUUAUUUUCGCUUUCGAAUUUAAUUUAAUUUUAAAUAUAUAAUAAAAUUUUAGUUAGUAGUGUUGUGCAAAUUAACUUAUUAAAGAUUUUAUGCGAACUUAAA